AUGUCUAGACAAAGCCCUCACCUGGUCAAGGUUCACGAGCUUUGGAAGCUCAUACGACAGCGAUCGAAGGAGCAGAGCUAUGAACUGAACGGGAAAUUACUACACAUUGCAGAAGUGGUAGCAACUUCACAACAGGCCAGUACGCCACAGCUGUCAGAAGAUCCAAAGAUCAUAAACCGGUUGCAAGAUAGCGUGGAUGUUUUAUUCGACCAUUUAGCUAGGGGUUGGUAUGUUUACGGUGUCAACACUGAUUUUGGAGGUAGUGCCGACUCGCGUACGACCGAGGUCAUAGAGCUACAAAAGGCGCUGAUGCAACUCACGCAGAGUGGUAUCCCAACGAAACCUUCCAAUGGUUCAUUGAUCCCUGGACACUCCACGCCUCUGGAAUGGGUGCGCGCUGCAAUGGUCGUGAGAUGCAACGCUUCGCUCCGAGGACAUUCAGCCGUCUCACUUACCAUCAUCAAGGCUAUAAUAAGUUUGUUAGAACAUGGUCUAACGCCGGUAGUCCCACUUCGAGGUACCGUAUCAGCUUCAGGAGACCUCAUGCCUCUCGCCUAUGUUACCGGUAGCAUUGAGGGAAACCCAGACAUUCUCCUCGAAAAGCACGGCAAGGUUUUCCGGUCGCACCAAGCUCUACAAGAGACUGGUCUCGCCCCUGUUUCUCUUGGUCCGAAGGAAGGAUUGGGGUUGGUCAAUGGAACAGCGUCAUCAGCAGGUCUUGGUGCUCUGGUUGUGGCUCAAGCCCACUCACUUGCAUUCCUCACACAGGUGUUGACUGGUGGGGCGGUUGAAGCGCUUCGUGGGAGCUCAGAGAGCUUCCAUCCGUUCAUUGCCCGAGCACGUCCGCACCCAGGGCAGAUCGAGUGUGCCCGCAACAUUGCCUACUUCCUUGGGGGUUCUCAUCUAUCUCGAGACGUUCUUGAACCAAAAUCCCGUCGACGCGAAGAUUUGGUGCAAGACCGAUAUUCUCUCCGCAGCGCUCCGCAAUGGAUCGGUCCACAAUUAGAAGACUUGUUGCUGGCCGACCAACAAAUCAGUAUUGAUCUGAACUCUUCAUGUGACAACCCACUGGUUGAUAGUUAUUCUAACGACAUUUACUACGGUUGUAACUUCCAAGCAGCAGCAGUCACCUCGGCGAUGGAAAAAGCCCGCCUCGCGUUGCAGAUGUUUGGUCGAAUUCUAUUUGCACAGAGCACAGAGAUGAUUGACGUCCAUCUCAGUGGCGGCCUUCCUGCCAACCUUGCUGCGGAUAACCCUAAUAUCUCCUUCACCAUGAAGGGGGUCGAUAUUAACAUGGCUGCUUAUAUGGCCGAACUGUCCUAUCUCGCCAACCCGAUGAGUUCCCACGUGCAGGCAGCAGAAAUGCACAACCAGUCAGUCAAUUCAAUGGCUUUUGCCUCUGCUCGUAUGAGCCAAGACGCGAUCGACGUGUUGACCAACAUGUGUGCCUGCAGCGUCUUCAUUGUUUCGCAGGAACUGGACCUUCGCGCUCUUCACAUGGCAUUCAUAGCCGAUGCAACCAAAGCUCUUGCGUCGACGAUUGAAUUGGCAUUUUCCAACAAGGUAGAGGAUGACCAGUUAAAUUCACUUCAAACAAGCGUCCAAGCUAAUGUUGAUCGCGCUUGGGGAUCAACUGCAAAAUUGAACCUAUAUGAUCGCUGCGCAUCACUUAUUGAUUCCACCGUGCCCAUUGUCCUCUCGCAUGUCGGCGGUGCCGUGGCUGACAUUACUAAAUGGAAGGAACACGCGGUCGGCGUGGUUUGGAAAGUCUGGAAAAAGACGUUUGCGUCCUUUUCAGCUGCUCCCCAUACGUCGCACCUUUUGGGCGCUGGAUCGCGCGUGCUGUAUGAUUUCGUACGCAUCACGCUUGGUGUACCCUUCCACCAGGGUUUUCUCGAGCACCCGACUGCCGACGGUCAAACUUUUCACGGCCGGCCGAAGAAGACAAUUGGUGGAUGGAUCUCGAUCAUACGCGAGAUUAUCCAGUGUGGUUCGAUAUACGAUGAUCUAUUGGCUCUUGCUGAAGGGUUAUUGCCAACAGCUGGCGGCAGGAACUGGACGAAUGGAAAAAAUAGCACCAUGUGUCAUGGGUACACGAACGGAGAAGUCCCGGGGUGGGAAAAAUCAGAGUAG